AUGCAAUCGAGAAGAGGCAUCUAUACCCGCAAGCCGCGGCGUAAGCCCCAAGGACCGACCGCUGGAGGAUGCACAGACGUUUCCGGAAGUACUGGCCUCGCUGUGAGUGCUUCCACUGCCGCCACCAGUACUUCUCCUACCGUUGUACAUGAUGCUGGUACUGGUGCUGGUACCGCGAGUACUGCUGCGUCUGCUGAGCGCUCGCCGCCCGAGCACGAGGGCGUCUCGAGCACUCCAAGUACAGGCUGUGCGUCUUCUUACCGUGAGAUAAGCUGGGCAGCCACAUUUGACCAUCUUCUCGAACGCUACCACAACAACGGGGAUGCUCUAAACAAGCAUUCCAUAACCUACAUCGGAGAAGCAUCCCCCCUAGGCAUCGUCCUGGAAAACCUCAGAGAAGGCGGCGCUCAUCGCCACCAACUGCACCACCCGGGCCCUCCCUGCGGCGACCAAGAUGCCGUUGCUGCUGCUGAGAGCCCCAAGCUCACCCAUCCACCUGGCAUGCGCCCAGAAGAACUCGCUUUCCUCGAAGCAAAACAGGCAUUCACUGCGCCUCCAGAUGAGACCGUAGACGCACUCAUCAGCGUCUUUUUCGAGCGCGUCUUCCCGCUCUACCCCAUUGUCAACCCUUCUGAACUCGUCCUACAGCACAAAACCCGGCGCAUACCUUGGAUCCUCCUCCACGCCCUCUGCUUCAUGUCAGCGACAUAUUGCCCCCUAGCCAUGAUCCACCGCGCCGGCUUCAGCACCCGCACCCAAGCACGAAGCGCCUUCUACGACAAAGCCAAGGCCCUCUUCGACAUGAGCUACGAGGGCAACAAGAUUAUCGCCGUCCAAGUGUGCAUCAUGAUGAGUUUCUGGGGCGGGGGUCCAAGCCACUACUGGAACUUUUAUACCUGGAUCUGCACGGGCGUUACGAUUGCCGAGACGAUUGGGUUCCACAGGAGCAUGGCUGGGGCGAAUAUCGCGAGCCAGGACCGCAGUCUGAUUAAGCGGCUUUGGUGGAUCUUGGUCAUACGGGAUGCCAUGUGCGCGUCCAUAGUCGGCCGUCCGAUUCGCAUCCAUCUGGAGCAGUGCGAUGUGGAUGCGCUGACGCAGGACGACUUUGUCUACGAUGAUGAUGAUGAUGCCGACUUGUCACUUCUUGACGAGUGCAUGCGUAGUCCUCUUGCGCAGCAAUCGGGUGCUUACCAGAUGCACGCAACCAAGCUGGCUCUUCUACUCCGCCACAUCAUCGCCGUGAGAUUCAAUCCGAAGCGCAAACAGGAUGCAGGUACUCCUGCGGUUGCCUCCCUGCAGGAAAUGAUGACUGCGUGGCGUAGGGAGCUCCCUCGAGAAUUCUCCUGGGAGGAUCACAUUAGUACCCAUUCCAAUGUCUUCGCGUCCACGCUGCGUAUCUUGUACAAUCACAACGUCAUCUUGGCUUACGUGCAUAGUUCCAUUGGCUCCUCUGCUGUACCCGAGCACGGAAUCUCCGUUGCUGAAGCUUCUCCAUUCUCGCAGCAAGCAACAACAGCAGCAGCAGUAGUUCAAGAAGAAGACAUGCUCAGCGACGCAGCUCAGCAAAUCGCCUCCGUGUCUUGCAAUGUGGUCAUGACGGAUGACGGCCAGCUCCCGCCGCAUGAGCUUUUCCAUGGUCUCUUCGUCGCUUCCGUCGUGUUUUACAUGAUGCAGACGAAUGGUACUACUGGCCAGAAUGCGCUUGUGGCGCGCGCGGGCGUGUCUGGACUGAUGAAUUGCAAAAUGGCGCUGCAUGCUGCGAGGGAUACUUGGGAUGCGAGUCCGUGGAUCACGCAGUUGUUUGACAAGGUGCUUUGCUUGGGGUUGCCUGCUGCUGCUUCGGCGGCGGAUAGAAGAGCGGCGGGUGGUGGUGGUGGUGGUGGUAGUGAUGAACGAGGUAAUGGUGAUGGUGACGGUGUGAAUGCUAUGGAAGGUGGUGGUGGUGAUGGUAUUAUGGGCUUCAAUGACCUGAGUGCUUCUUUUGAUCUGGAUGGUUUGGGUAUGAUGGCUGGGUAUUAUGGAGCGGCUUGGCCUAAUCAUCCUUUUCUUGGGCAGUUUGUUUGA